GAAACUACAAGUCCUAGAGGGCAGCCGCGAAGGAAAUGGCAAGCACGUUCUGGGCCGCGGAGCACACUGGGAUUUGUUGUCCAAAAGCCCUUUAAGCCGCUGCGCUUUGAGAAGAACAGGUGUAGGUGGAGUGGUCCCAGACGAUCAAUGAGAGGCGUCUAGGUAGAAAGGAUGUAAAGUUUGCCUAUGCCGCGCUAACCUAUAACGAACGCAUUAUGGUAAAUAUGGUCAAAUACUAUUUCAAUUUAAAAGGAGACAGGAGUAGGAGAGUUCCUAAAGAAUCGUCAUGAGUGCUUGAGACGGAAGCCUCCUUGGUCAGAUAAACUUGCCAUAAUUGAAAUAGCAGCCCGGAGCUCCAAGAAACUUGAUUUGUACGGGAAAGACGGCUCAUGGAUCCCCUACCACGAGCUAGGUACCGAUUCAGAAUUGAAGCGGUAGUUGCAGCUUUCUCUUACAAAGCGAGGAAAAAGAGGGCGGCUAUCAGGCGCGCAUCACGAUAACUUCCUGCGCCGUCAGCCCGAUGCAAAUCCUCACCGCCGCUCGUAUUUGCCCCGAUUGAAAAGCAGGCGGGCAUAGCCUGGGGAAUAGUUUCUCGGACGGUGGGGUGGAGAUAGCGAGCAGAUGAAAACAUAUAUUAUAACCCCAUGGGAGGAGGAGAAUUGGAAGCAAAGCAAAGUGGGUCUGAUCCUAUCUGAAGGCAGCGCAUAUUUAAAAUACAUAUUAAAUAUGCGGAAGAGAGCAAGUGCGUCCACCGAGCGAGAGGGAAAAGUGGGAGGCGCAGAAAAAGCAGGAUUGUGGGGCCAAGCAUUAGCUGUUAUUUUUAUGAAGCGCUCAGAUUACUGGAAUGCAGUCCUCGAAGGAAGGACUGAGUAAAAGCUAAUUAUAGAAAAGGAAGGAGGGAAAAGAAAAUAAGCCAGCUGAUUUCUUAAUACAUAAUAGGCACUGUUAGGUAUGCUCCUCCCUAAAAAGAACCAAGAAAGUCCUCUAUGUGCCUCCAUUAAACAGCAAAGACGUUUUAAUCCCCCACCCCCUCUGUUAAAAGUCUUUGGAGAAUAUUUUUUCCAUUCCAAGUCCUACAAUUUAGGAUCUGAAUCGCCCAAUUUGGUCUUCUCUCUUGAGCAUCAUCAUCAUCAUCAUUAUUAUUAUUAUUUAUUUUAUUUAUUUAUACCCCUGGGUUUCCCUAGCCACUCUGGGUGGCUCCCAACAAGAAUAUUAAAAACACAAUAAAACAUCAAACAUUAAAAACUUCAGAUUUUAACCAUCCUCAUGAGGUUUUGGUCAUCAGCAUACAUAUGGGAUCUACUCUUCCAGGUCUCCCACCUGUGGUACCUCCUCAUUUGCUUGCAAUGACAUCAUCAUUCAUUAAUGCAUAUUUAGCAGGAGUCAAGAGUUUGAAGAAGAGAGACCAGAAAGUGAAGCAUACAUUGACCGUAGCGACAGAGCACCCAUACACUGCACCCGCUGUCCAAGGCCAGUGAACUGCCUUGUGGAGAGAUGGGGAGUGGGUGCACUUAUGAGGCCAAUCCACAACCUCCCUAGGAUCCAGUGGUGGCUUAUGGAACCUAGACCGGGUCCAGCACCUAGGAAGUGAUGUUGGUGGUGCCCAGGUCCCCAUCCUCCUCCUCUGUGAGUAAUUUUGUCUACUACUAAGUCAGCCACUCUGUGGCUUGUUUCCCAGUUUAGUUCAGGGAAGAAUUUGGUGCCGCUUCCUCUCCAGUAAGUGGGCAGAGAAUUUCAGGCAGCAUACAUCAUUCACCAAAAGAAAAUUAUACCAUUUACCCCAGUAUGUACAGUGAGCAUCGUGGCUGCAUGACGUUUUGAAUCCAGGCUCUAGCCCAACAGUCUUAGUACUGACCCUGUAGAUUUCAGUACUUCUAUAAGUUACAGUACAAUAUAAAUUGCCAUUGUAUACUAACUAUACUUCAAUUUCCUGGAGCUCUUCCAAUAAUUUAUGGCAUAGAUUAGAAGUGGCACAUGAAGGGGCAACGGCAGAGGCGCUGGGAUGAGGUGGAAGGAAGGUUGGGGGAACUUUGGUGAUUGCAGCAGCUUGCAGGUGUGGGCCCUCCUGCUGGCAAGAUGGGGCAACUGCAGUAAAGUGCUAUGCUUCAUUCUGUACUGCAUAUGUUAUCAUUUACUUUACAGUGCAAUCUCUAAAACAUGUUUCCUUGUAUUUAGUCCCAUGGAGUACAAUGGGACUUGCUCCCAGGUAAAUGCAUAUAGGUUUGCAGCCCUAAUGCAGGAUUUAUCAGCAGGUCCAGACCAACUGAAAAAUCCUGAUGGGUUUGCUGAUGUCUUUUAAUGUACAUUUUAAAAUACUCACUAAAUAAUUGCAGGACAGACUUUAGGCUUGUGAGUUUGGGAUCAACCUUGUGAUUUACUAGGAACCCAAGAGUCACCAACUGUAGCCAUUCUUUUAAGCAGUUUGGCUGCUUGUUGUUGUUGCAGCACCAUCCUCAAAUGUUUUCAUAUAUAAAUACUUAAUACAUUUAGAGCUGCAGUUAUAUAGCUACGUCUAGGAACAAGUUCUAUUGAACCCUAUAGGGAUGACAUCAGAGUAGAGAAGUAUAGGAUUGUGCUGGCACUUCCCACUCAAAAUUUAAAUUAAGUUAAAGAAAACUGUUUAGCUUAGCUUUCAACAUAAGCCUCCAGAAUUCUCUUCAACUGGAAGUGAUAGGGCCAAGUCACUUCUAUGAGGGCAGUGCUUGAAUUGGGGGGAUGGGAGAGUUGGGGGGGGGUACCAAUGAAAUUCACAAAUCACAUCUCCUGACAUCCUCCCUCACAACUUUAGUCAUACCACUCCCAUAAUUUUCUAAAAAUUGUAGCUAAAGGGGCAGUCACAAAAGGAAAGUGGCUGAUCCCCCUAUAAUUCACAGACUACAUGAAGAGCAACUAGAUUCAUUUCCCACUAUCCAGUACAGGCCUCCCAUCCACAGUAAGUUACCAUCCCUGAUGCUGGUGCUGCUUCGCCGACUCAUUCUGUCUGCAGUGCCUGUUCUCAACAUGGCUGUCAUUUUAGGUUUUCUCUUAAUUUGCCAUGCCUGUUCAAUGGAUAUAAAUAUAUAAAGAUCAGCAUUUAUUUUAUAUAGAAAUAUAUUUUUCUACCUCUCUACAGCAAAAAUGGUUGCCAGAUCAGCUACUUCUCCCAGGUUUACAAUAUAACAGGCAGGUACAACAGGGGGAAAAUGGGAAAGGGAGGAGGACAAGUAACUUUAGCCAAUUGUUCAAGUUAUAUGAGGGUGCUUAUAAUAACCAACUGAAGUGGAAAUUUGGAUUUUCCAAGGACAAACUUUCCUUUCCCCUUCUGAACCACUUGGCAAGAUAACUGGCAUAGUAACAAUUGAGCCUAAACCAAAUGACUAAUACUUAGGUCACUUGGGAAGUUCUGUUCCGACCAGUGCCUUCAUCAGUCACCACAGCCUUUUUACAAAAAACUUACGUAACUGAAAUUUUUCUCUUAUGGUUAGCUGCCUUGAGUUCCGGUUAUUGUGCAGAAAGUGGGGGGUGUCAGUCAAUGUUUUAUAUAAAUAAUUGUUACAUUCUACCACCUUAGCCUUCUUUAAUUAAAUUAAUAUCACUGUAACAUGUUUGAUAAUUUUGGUUCAUUUUCAGUUCAACAUUUGUCUGAAUUAGUUCAGUUUUAAGUUUUACUUUUACCACAUGUCUGCCUAAAUCAUGAUUACUGAAAUGGUCUGUUGGAUGCUUUUUAAGAGCCUUUUUUUAAAGUACAAUUCUGCACCCAUCCACACACACCCACACCCCAGUAUGGAUGGCAUGGGGAACUGGAUGGCAUGGGGAACUGGAUGGCAUGUAGCCACCUCUCUGCCAGCCUGUAUUAGUGAGGAGGAUGAACACUGGUUGGAGGGCGGCUUGCCAUAGCCGAGACUCUUGUUUUGUCCAUUUUGGUGGGAAGCUGUUGCUGGUAGUUUUAGGCUGAAACAAUUAUGACUCUGGAUCCAAAGCCGCAGAGAUCACCCCCAGCUACACCAGCCUGGCAUCCACACACACAGCAAAUAAUAAUGCCACCCCACCUUCCACAGGCCAGCAGGGGUUGGGAUAUGUCGAAGAAUUUGCUGUCUUGCUCCGACACUCCCGUUUGGAUUGCUGUUGAUUUGUUGCAAGGAACUUUGACGUUCUUUACCUGCUACAAACUCACUUUAAGGGUGAUAACACUAGAAAAGGGUUAUAUAGAUCAGCCUUAAUUGGGUUUAUUUGCGUAUCACCCCCUUUCUGGCAAAGUGGGUUUGCGACAGAUACAGAACCUGACUAAGACGGCAAUCCUAAUUCCUGUUUCCUGGAUUCAAAAUCCUUUGAAUUCAGCAGGAAUUAUUUCUGAACAGACUAGGUUAGGGCCACACCGUAAAAUUAAGUUAUGAGCAACUAAUUCCCACCCACCCCUCUCCACUCACUCAACACAGGGUGAGGGCAAAAUGGCAAAUUCUUGUUGAAAAAUAAAAUGUAAAACCAACACAUUCGCAAGUCGCUUGGGAAAGCUGUUUUCUCACAAGUCUAGUGGGGCAUGGUGCCUAUUUUUUAAUUUUCAUUAAUAUGGUCCCUUUUCUUAAAAAAAAAAAAAAAGAGCUUACUCUCCAGAAAAAGCAGGAGCUAUGAGGGAUGAGUGAGCCUGCAAUAUGCAAAUUGCGUUAACCGUUAACUGCCGAGGCGCGAAAACGCUUGGCACGUGACUGCUCCUCGCGCCGGAAAAGGCGGGAAAGCGCGCAAGGCAGCAGUCCGCGAGAACAACCGCCGCCGCCCCCUCCUAGGAGCAGACGGCGCAUGCGUUUCCAUUGCGACGGCGGAGCGCUUCAUAGGACACCCUACUGCGCAGGCGUCAGGUACAGGGAAGGCGGCUUUAACCCUGCGUAAACAGGCAACUUUGUAUCCGCUCGCCAGCUGCUGCUAAACAGAUCCAGCUUUCUCCAAGGCAUAUGCUUCUACGCCUGCGCGCCUUACCCCACCGUCCCCGGCGUCCCAGCUUGGCACAUGCGCGUUACAAGCCUUUGCUAAGAAUUCUGUGAGCGGCGCCAUAGAGGUUGUUUUGGAAAGGGUAGAGUGACCCGCCGUCUGAAUUUCCGGUGAAGGAGAACUGGGUGAGUGUGUUCCUGGGUGGUAAGGAAAGGCCAGAGUUGGUAGGGCUUGUGUUGGGCUUCCCAGAGGCGGAGGGGGGGAGAGAGCAGCCCCCCACCCCCAUUCCUGCUUCGGGGGUGGAGGGAGACCUAGGCUUGAUUUCCUUCGCCCAGGGAUCUGGGUGAAGCUCUGGACUCUGGGUUAAAAAUGUACACAUUUUUAUGUGUACAUUUAAAUGUACACACCACAGACAUUCAAAGCAAACAAACGCAAAUCCUGGGAACUCGUAUCUUAAGGGUGCUGGGAAUUGUAGUUCAGUGGGGUGUGAACUAUAGUUCCCAGGGUUCAGGAGGCUGCAGGUGGGAAGGUGCUCAGUGUAUAUCAGGGGUCAGCAGACUUUUUCAGCAAGGGACUGGUCCACUGUCCCUCAGACCUUGUGGGGGGCCGGACUAUAUUUGGAGAGGGGGAAAUGAACAAAUUCCUAUGCCCCACAAAUAACCCAGAGGUGCAUUUUAAGUAAAAGGACACAUUCUACUCACGUAAAAACACGCUGAUUCCCAGACCAUCUGUGGGCUGGUUUUAGAAAGGUGACUGGGCCAGAUCCGGCCCCCUGGUCUUAGUUUGCCUACCCAUGGUGUAUAUAUACAGCCAAGGGUUAGGUUGGAGGUGAGGAGCGGCCUGAGAUCCUCAAGAGAUUCUCCCACCCAGGUCCCUGUUUUCCCAUACCUGCCACCCUUCCUACUUCUCUGGGCCUGACCACCUUAUUUCUGGCAAGCCUUUCCCAAAGAUGGUUUCAUUGCUUCAGCACUUCCUCCCAAACGCUGAACGCGGAAUGGCAGGCUCUCCUUCUUCCUCGAUGGCUUUGAAGCAGAGGUCGGAGGCCCAUCUGUCACGGACGCUUCUGCUGAGAUUCCAGCACCGCAGGGCGGUUGGACUAGACGACCCUGGGGAUCCCCUUCCAACUCUGCAAUUCUGUUAUUCUCUCCAACCUGCUUCUGCAAGUUUUCUCAGGUGGCCUCUCAAGCAGGGCUUCCGUUGCUGAUCUGUAACACUAAGGAUACCUGGUUGAACAACAAAGAACACAGUAUCUGAUGUAGUGUUCAGCAUCAUGAGAAUCUUCGUGGAGGUUUUAAAAAAUCCGUUUCUAGCCAUUAUGCUUAUGAGAACAGGCUUAAAAUUAUGUGGGUGGGUGCCAGCUUAGAAGUUAGAGUACUUAAGCAGGAUUUCAAGUAGCUGGAGAGCAGAUCCAUCGUUGUUCUUCCUGACUCUCUGUAUUUCCUAGACAUGCCUAACAAAAUAAGCAAUUUCAUGCAAAUUUGAUUUGAGAUAUUGGCCUGGUUUGGAUAACUGUUUGAAGCCCCAUAAACCAUGGUUUGUGAAACCAUAAAAGAGUGUAUGGGCCAAAGCACCCUCUGCUCAUUCCUCUUCUCUUCAUCUUCUAUUGCAUAUUGUCUUUAACAUGAACUCAGAGCUCUGGUUUAAUAUAAGGCACAACAGGUGAAGCGAGGAACCCUCAGCCCAAGCACUCAUUCACAGCUUCAUAAACCAUGGUUUAUGAAACAAUGGAACAGUUGUCCAAACCAUGCCAUUGAACUGAGCUUUUAUUAAAGUUUGCCUUUCUAGCACAGAAUACAACAUGUACUUAUCCAACAACAACAAAAACCUGAUUAUUAUUUUUUUAAAAAGAGUGUGGAAUCCUAUGGUUUUCUACCGAUAAACAACUGAAGCAAAUAUUUACAUUUUAUUUUAUUUUUCAUAACUUAUUCUGGUUUUGCCAGUCACAGAGAGGGGCAAGGAACGAUGCAAAGCACGGAAGACCCCCACCCAACCACUGGAAAUCUUGCUCUGCCAUAUUUCGAUGGCUUCAGUCAUUUCAGCGGCCAUUUGUGUGCAUGCUUUAAAGCAUGUCUUCACAAGCUAAAAGCACUAGAAAUUUCACUUUUCAGAAACAUGGAAACAUGGAUUCUUAGGUAGUUGCUGCGAAAUUACUGCACACAUUCAGCCUUUAUUACUUAGCAAAAAAAUGGGUCUUGGUGUAACACGUAAUUCUCUGACUCUUCUUUCAACAGGCUGCGAAGCUCCAGGUUGCAGUUUUGGCUUUAUAACCAGAGCCACCCUCUUCCAACAUGAACCACGGUCCUCAGCUGAUUGCUUUUACUCGUGCCCAGGAGGAAUCAGAUCUCUGGAGAGAUGGGCAAGUCCAGAAAAAAAGCUGCAGAGGCUCCCGUCUUGCUGGCCAGGAGGAAGGGAAAACAGCAGGUGAGGCAGCUCGCAGCUUCUAUGAGAGCCUUUUGGAAGCUCCAGCUAAUCCUGCGAGACCCCCACAUAGGAAGCGAAAGGCGCCUUGCGUACGCCACCGACCUGCGCAACAGCUUCAGCCCGUCCAGAACCACCUGGGACCAACAAGUAGCCGCACAGGGAACAAGUUCCUGAAAGCCGCCCAGGAUGGCGACCUGAAAUCUCUGCGGACGCUGGCGGAGAAGGAAGGGUGUGAUGUGAACUAUAGAGAUGAUUAUUACUGGACAGCGAUUAUGUGUGCAGCUUACGCUGGACGGGUGGAGGCUGUGAGAUAUCUCCUGAGCCGCGGCGCUGCCUGGGUAGGGGUCUGUGAGCCCCAAGGCCGGGAUGCUAUGGAUUUGGCUGAGGAGGCAGGACACCAGGAUGUGGUGGACGCCCUACGGGAGAGUGAAAGGCCACAGGUGAAGGAGGAACCCUCCAGGUGAGCUUUCUUGUUCCUGAGAAUUCAGCUAGGGCUCCUUUGGGAGGAAGAGCAGCAUAUAAAUGUAAUAAACUAAAUAUCCAGUUACUGUCUGGAGAAGAAAGCAUCUGAAUGGGUUUGCUUUUAAAUGCUGCUUUGGACUAUUCCAGAAACCCAGAGAUACCUGCCAAUAAAACUGCCACAGUUUUAAGAGAUUCCCAUCCACUUAAGACACUUCAACUGACCAUCAGUUGUGAACAUCGAAAGAUCUCCCAGAGCAUCAGUAGUCAAUAUGUGGCUGGACUACCAACUCCCAGUAUCCUUAUCCAAUGGUUCUUGAUGGCUGGGGCUGAUGGGAGUCCAAAAGCAUCUGGAGGGGCACCAUAUUGGCCACCCCUGCUAUAGAGACCAUUCCCUGUCACAAACUGUUCACCCCCUUCCUAGCAUAUCCAGGCCUUACAUCCUUCUUCCCAUAUCUAGGCCCCAAAUCACUAGAAGAGCUUGGUUGGAACCAACCCUCUUGACUUCGGUUUGCAUUUGUGUUGUUUUAAAACUUCUCUCAAUUGGUGUUUUAAAUUGUUUUUAUUGUUUUUCUGUAUGCUUGUCAAUGUGGGAAAGAGGAUUCAUAAAUGAUGAUGAUGAUGAUAUCUUCAUCCAGGCAGCACAGACACAGUGGGUAGGCAUUCACAUUUUUCCCUUUCUCAAGAGAAGUCUGUAUUUGUGUUUCUUCCUCACUUUUCCCUGUAAGAUGCUCUUUGAGGGUUCCUACAGUCACAGUUUGUGUGAAUGCGGCUUGCCUUUCUCCAGUGUAAUUUUCCUUUGUUCUCCAGUCCGCAGCCACCAGCCGAGAGGAACUACUGUGCCGUGUGCCGGACGCACUACAGCGAGGACACAGUGGCAUUGCACGAGCGCUCCACUGCUCACCUCUUCAACCGGCGCGACCCGCUGCCCCCCACACGCUACCACAUCCCAGAGAACAACGUGGGCUUCCGGCUGAUGGUCAAGGGAGGUUGGGAUCAGGAAGCUGGCUUGGGGCCUGAGGGCACUGGCCGCAAAUUCCCGAUCCAGACUGUCCUCAAGCGAGAUCAGAAAGGCCUGGGCUUCUGCCGUGACCUCAGACCCAAAGUCACCCACUUUGACGCUAAUGACUCCAGUGCAGUGGAGAGGCCCGUAGAGCGGAGGCCCAGGAAGGAAAGAGCAGCGACGGUGGGGAAACGAGAAGCUCGCCGCAGAGAGGCCAAGGCCCAAGCUUGGGAACGCAACCUCCGUACUUACAUGAACCUUGAUAUUUGAGCUCUUGUUGGUUAGAGGAGCUGUCUGCAUAACCACUCGUUCUCCUUCUGGCCUAGUUGGAGAGACAGGACAAUGUUGUAAAGGGGAAAGGUCUGCUGAAGGAAGGUACAAGGAGCAGCUGGUAGGCAGUAGCCAAAGUGGGUAAGCCAGAAAAAUAAACGUGGAGUUUCCAUGUGUUGCACUAGGCCAUAACACUCUCAGGCAUCCUUGGACCACCCAGGUAAACAGGCCCAAAGGUCAGAAAAGGCUCUUGGCUUCCUUUCAGGAUCCCCAAGGGAGGCAGAAGAUGAAAAUCUCUCUGUUUUUCCUCCUUUCCCCGGAGAUCUGUUAGCAAACAAAUGUUAGCUUUCGCUCUGCACAGUCGUCGGUGUUCAUUGUGCAGGGCUAUGUGUACUCUGUGCUGGGAAGAAAAAUAGAAUUAUUUGCCAACAGUGCUCCAGAACUUGCCUCACGAAAGAGCUGAAUGAUGUAGCUUAUAGAAACUAUUCAAAUUAAAUUACCUUAUGCAGAAA